GGUGGCGGUAAGAACACGUUGUGCGUCGGAGAGCUGAAGGCUAGCGCCGCUCUGACCGCUGCACGCCCGGUUGUAAGAGGACCGUCGUCUCCAGGCAAGCCAGAUAUUCUUUGUUACAAUUAUGGCAGACAAAUUAACAAGAAUUGCUAUUGUCAACCAUGACAAAUGUAAACCUAAGAAAUGUCGACAGGAGUGCAAAAAGAGUUGCCCUGUGGUUCGAAUGGGAAAAUUAUGCAUAGAGGUUACACCCCAGAGCAAAAUAGCAUGGAUUUCUGAGACUCUCUGUAUUGGUUGUGGUAUUUGUAUUAAGAAAUGCCCCUUUGGCGCCUUAUCAAUUGUCAACUUGCCAAGCAACUUGGAAAAAGAAACAACACAUCGAUAUUGUGCCAAUGCCUUCAAGCUUCACAGAUUGCCUAUCCCUCGUCCAGGUGAAGUUUUGGGAUUAGUUGGAACUAAUGGUAUUGGAAAGUCAACUGCAUUAAAAAUUUUAGCAGGAAAGCAAAAGCCAAACCUUGGAAAAUAUGAUGAUCCGCCUGAUUGGCAAGAGAUUUUGACUUAUUUCCGUGGAUCUGAAUUACAAAAUUACUUCACCAAGAUUCUAGAAGAUGACCUAAAAGCCAUUAUUAAACCUCAAUAUGUAGACCAAAUUCCCAAGUCUGCGAAGGGGACAGUGGGAUCUAUUUCGGACCGAAAAGAUGAAACAAAGACACAGGCAAUUGUAUGUCAGCAACUUGAUUUAACUCACCUUAAAGAACGAAAUGUUGAAGAUCUUUCAGGAGGAGAGUUGCAGAGAUUUGCUUGUGCUGUCGUUUGCAUACAAAAAGCUGAUAUAUUUAUGUUUGAUGAACCUUCCAGUUACCUUGAUGUCAAGCAGCGUUUAAAAGCUGCCAUUACUAUUAGAUCUCUAAUAAAUCCAGAUAGGUACAUCAUUGUGGUGGAACAUGAUCUAAGUGUAUUGGACUAUCUCUCUGACUUCAUCUGCUGUUUAUAUGGUGUACCAAGUGCUUAUGGUGUGGUCACUAUGCCUUUUAGUGUAAGAGAAGGCAUAAACAUCUUUUUGGACGGCUAUGUUCCCACAGAGAACUUGAGGUUCAGGGAUGCAUCCCUUGUCUUUAAGGUAGCUGAGACAGCAAACGAAGAAGAAGUUAAAAAGAUGUGUAUGUAUAAAUACCCUGGGAUGAAGAAAAAGAUGGGCGAGUUCGAGCUCGCAAUUGUAGCUGGAGAGUUUACAGAUUCUGAAAUCAUGGUGAUGCUGGGGGAAAAUGGUACAGGUAAAACCACAUUUAUCAGAAUGCUUGCUGGAAGGCUUAAACCCGACGAAGGAGGAGAAGUACCAGUUCUAAACGUCAGUUAUAAGCCACAGAAAAUCAGUCCCAAAUCAACUGGAAGUGCUCGCCAAUUACUGCAUGAUAAGAUCAGAGAUGCUUACACUCACCCACAGUUUGUGACUGAUGUGAUGAAGCCCCUACAGAUUGAAAACAUCAUUGAUCAAGAGGUGCAGACAUUGUCUGGUGGUGAACUUCAGCGAGUAGCUUUAGCUCUCUGUUUGGGGAAACCUGCUGAUGUCUAUUUAAUUGAUGAACCAUCUGCAUAUUUGGAUUCUGAGCAAAGAUUAAUGGCAGCCCGAGUCGUCAAACGUUUCAUACUCCAUGCAAAGAAGACAGCUUUUGUUGUGGAACAUGACUUCAUCAUGGCCACCUACCUAGCAGACCGCGUCAUCGUGUUUGAUGGUGUUCCGUCUAAGAAUACAGUUGCAAACAGUCCUCAAACUCUUUUGGCUGGCAUGAACAAAUUUUUGUCUCAACUGGAAAUUACAUUCAGAAGAGAUCCCAACAACUAUAGACCACGAAUAAAUAAGCUCAAUUCAAUCAAGGAUGUAGAACAAAAGAAGAGUGGAAACUACUUUUUCUUGGAUGAUUAAAUUGAAUCUGAGAUUAUCAAUAAGCCAUUUACUUACUGGGAUUUUUAUCAUAUAAAACUUUAAUCAGGUUUUAUGGCCCCACAUACUCUGGAGUUUGAAGUAUGAUUUUCUUAAUGUGACAUCAAAAGCCAGUUGUAUUGUAAAUUGUUAUUUAAGAGCUUUUCUGUCCUUAAGAUAAAUCUCUGGGCAUACUUCACUAAAAUGGAGACAUUUCAAAUAUGCAAAUCACCUCUGGAUCUCCAUGAUCUGUGGAGAGAUUUUCAGCUCUGUAUUAUAUUCAUGUACCAGAUGCUUACUUACUGGUGUUGUCCAUAUUUUAAAAUCUUGGAUAAAAUAUGUAUUACCUGUUUGCUAAGUGUACCAGCAUAAUCAAAUUGCCCUAUUUAAUAGCCAGUCAAGGACUACACUGCUAAGGUCUGAUAAAUAAACACCAGGAUUGUA